AUGCGCAUACACCUGCCUGCAGCCCAUGGCGUCUUCCGCCCAACCUUCGCCGUUCCAUCGCAACCGCGUCUGGUGACGCUCGCUAUUGAGACAUCCUGUGAUGACACGAGUGUGGCCGUCCUGGAAACAAGGACGCUGGGCAGACCCAUCACCACCGCAGCGAAGCUGCACUUCCACGAGAAAGUGACGUCCAACAAUGCUGCCUUCAACGGCGUCCAUCCGCUCGCCGCGCUCGAGUCGCAUCAGGAGAAUCUCGCAAACCUGGUGGCCAAGGCGAUCAAGACGCUGCCUGGCAAGAACGGGCAUCCCGAUUUUGUUUCAGUCACACGGGGCCCAGGCAUGCGCUCAAACCUGUUCACCGGACUCGAUACAGCAAAGGGCCUCGCUGCGGCUUGGAAGGCGACCCAUGCGCUAACACCACGCUUGGUGGCGGCCCUCGAUGCUUUUGAAAAUCCCGCGCAAGCUUGGGAGGACUCGCCUGGUGUUUCUCACGGAGAGAUUGCCGUCGCGCCCAAGUUCCCGUUCUUGUCCGUUCUUGCCUCCGGCGGCCAUACUCUCCUGAUACAUUCAGCUGCUCUUACAAGACAUGAGGUGUUAGCAAGCACGAGCGACGUUGCGGUGGGAGAGUGUUUGGACAAAAUAGCACGCAUUGUGCUUCCGCCCGAUGUGUUGGAAGAUGCCAGCAAUACCAUGUACGGUGCGCUCUUGGAGCGAUUCGCCUUUCCUUCAGGCAAAGCUGCGCAACCAGCUUCGUCCGACCCCAGAAGCGCCAGCGAGUACUGUCAUGAUGCAGCGUCGCGCUACGAUUACCGAGUUCCAAAGAAUCACGAAGAAGAAUUGCAACGGAACGUGUCUAGGUGGGGAUGGGCCUUCAAUCAGCCACUUGCCAAAGCAGGCGGCGGGACGAAGAACAAGAGCUUGGAAAUGAGCUUCUCUGGGCUGAUGACCGCUGUCGAACGCGCUGUUCGGUAUGAGCACCAUCAGUCGACCGGCAAGUUGACCAAAAUAGAACGUUCAGCUCAAGCCAUCAGCCGGGAGGAACGACGAGACAUGGCCGAGUUCUCCAUGCGCGCAGCAUUCGAGCAUAUCGCCGCACGGGUUGUACUUGCUCUGCAGUCCACCCCAGCAGAGUCUGUUAUUGUGGCUGGUGGUGUGGGCGCCAACUUUUACUUUCGCUACGUGCUCGCGUGUAAACUUGUUGCACACGGGUAUGGCGACGUGCGACUGGUCGUACCUCCGCCACACCUUUGCUCGGACAACGCGGCGAUGAUUGCUUGGACCGGUACCGAGAUGUUUCGCGCCGGACACCGGGACAAUUUCAACAUUCGCGCUAUACGCAAGUGGCCACUCGAUAUGCUGCUGUCCCCACCUGUUGAAUGGACUACUUGA